AUGAAAAAUCUCUCAAUUAAUCUUCCAUCGGCCCAAUCUUCCACAAAUUCUCUCGUCUCACCGCUUUCUGAUCCCUCGAGUGCGGUUGACCCACAGCAAGACAUUUACCAGGCUAUUCGCCCGAGACGGCCCUCUGUUCUCUCCUUGCCAAGUACUGCUAUCACGACUGUCCUCCACCGAACAGAUGAGGAUGGGUCUCCCACCGCUCCAUAUGUGAAUGGUCCCAUCCAAAUUCUUCCCGGGAUCUGGCUUGGUUCUGAGGACAACGCACGAGAUUGGUCAGGCCUCCUGGAGCGCCGGAUCAGAGCGAUCCUCAAUGUUGCAAAGGAAGUCACAUCACCCUUUGAUUCUUCUGCUGCGCAACCCCUUCGACCCUUCGCAUCUACUCCCAAUCUUACUUCUUCUAAGGCAAUGCAAUUGAGUUCGACAUAUUACCCUCCUCAUAUUCCCUCUGGGCGUCCAGGCAUGCAUUACUUGAAGUUGCCUUGGUCUCAUGGACAGGCAGAUCUUGUUCAGGAAGGGUUUCCGACAGCUAUGGCUUUCGUAGAUGCUGCCCUCGAUCGCCAUGAAGGCAUACUCAUUCAUUGCCAAUGUGGCAUCUCUCGCUCAGCUACGCUGGUCAUCGCCCUUGUGAUGCGUGCCGCGGCCAUGUGUUUACCUAACGUACCCCCUGAGGUGUGGCAGCUGAAAGGCAUGCAAGCCGCAUACUCAUUUGUAAAAGAGAAAAGUAAGCAUGUUGGCCCAAAUAUGUCUCUCAUUUACCAAUUAUUGGAAUAUGAAAAGGCCCUGAAAGGCGGCGGUCCCUCGCCCGCUGAAUCAGACAAGUCUUCUUUCAUGAGUGAAGAAGAAAAGGAGUGGGGUCGCCGCCGUAACGCGUACGGUAAUGAUGAAAUGGAUGACCGAGACGAUAUUAUCCAACAGGAGGCUAAAGACCUCGACCGGGCUAUGGAAGAACGCAUAAUAGCAAGGAAACCUUCUGUGUCCUCCGUCGCCUCGUCAUCGGGGGUCGGCAUGGGUCCGGCAUGGCGCAGCCGAUACGGGCGCAAGCGAACUGGUUCAGUCGCCAGCAUCCAUACCACUGGCAGCGUGCUGAGUGAGGAUCUAGUUGAAGCGGACGAGGAGCAAGAGCUCUUAGGGAUUGGUGGAGGCUUCGAUGAAGCUACAGAACCCCGAAGAAGUCCGUGUUUGUCAUUGUCCAGCGAAUCACCUGGCGCAAGCGAACCUAGUACUCAACCUUCGUCUUGUAAAGCUCCACCCCAUCGCCCACCACUACGAUGCAAAUCGCUUGAUGCCGUGCCUUCCGCACCUGCAACGAAACUUGCAUUCAAUAUUCAUCCACCUCCAGCUACGGCGGUGCAAUCGACUUUCAUCAUCCCUGCGGGCAAGGGCAAGCGGCGACCGCCACCGUUAGGCCUACUACCUCCGGUUCCCCCCUCCCCCAUCACACCUAUUGCUGUACAAGACAAUCAAGAAACACCUCGUACUCGCCGCCGGACGCCAGCUCGCAAACCAGCGCCACCCCCGCUCAAACUCCGCGGAAAUACCAGUCAAUUUGCAUUCCCUCCCAAAAUCACGCCGUCACGACAGACCAUCACUGCGACACCCUCUCAGACUCUGUUUGUCUUCCCACCUUCACCCACGCAUCUCACGACCACAUCGCGCACGCCGUCCACUAUGACUGUAACAUCCAAUGUACAGAACAUUGCCUACCCAUUCCCAUCGCAACCCACCCCUCGAGUAUCCACCUCCCGCUCUCAUGGUCGCAUGAGAUCUUUCAUUGGCGUCGGGACUUCGGUGGCACCGACAACUGCUUAUUCCCGUGUCGAUGCACGAGGUUGGGUCGGAUUGGAGUAA